GGAUGCGCUCCUGAGGGCCCGGGUCCCCGGGGCGCUCGUUGCUGCGGCCCGGAGGGCGCUCCUGCACCGCGCGGGGUCGCUCGGUGCAGCCGGGAGCCCGUGGCCGCUGGGGACUUCUCGUUCCUGAGGACCGCGAACGCGGAGCCCUGUCCCCGGAGCCCAGAGCCCAGUCCGCGGGGGUUAAGCAUUGUUCCAGUCUGUGACCCGGGCGGCCGGCUGGCCUCCGCUUCUUUGGCGCCGGGAGUGAGAUCGGCCAAGGGCCUGGACCUGGUCCUGGUUUUCCCGGGUCCUCUCAACAACGUUUCCCGGAUCCCCCGGGUGUCCAUACCUCUUGGGUCUCCGUACCCCUUGAUCCCCUUACCCCUGGGGUCCCUGCACCCCUCGAGCCUCGGCCUUGCCGAUGCCCCCGCCAGCGGCGGGGAGCUCGCCACCCUGCCCGCCUUGGCUUCCACUCCGCUGGUAAAAAUCACAUUGUGAAGAUAGUAAUUAUCCACAAUCGUUAAACGGCAGCAAUUAAGAGACUUCAUCUACUUCCCGAGUUUCCUUGUGACAUUUCUAUUGUUUACCCUUAAUAAACCCGGAGGGAGGCUUCGCAGGAUUAAAGCAGGUUAAAGUGGGCAAUGAAAAGGGUGUGGGUGGGGGAGGCGGAAAGUGCAGGAAACUCGGCGCUGGAGCAACUUGGGUUUAGUGCUGCAGGGGAAGGAUUGUUUUCCCUUUGGAUGUGCCGCUCUGGGGAACCCGCGCUUUUGUCCUCUGUUGAAAGAUCUGUAUUCAGACCCACACGGGUGCUGAUGGGUGGACUUAGAGACACGCGAGGAAGCGACCCCCCCUCCCCCACCAGCAGAGACUCAGGGAACUCUGAGAAACGUGUUUUGAUUACUACCUCGAAGUACAAUGGUGCUUUACCUAAUGGUGACAGGGGCAGGAGGAAAAGCAGAUUUGCCCUGUAUAAGCGGACCAAGGCCAACGGUGUCAAACCCAGCACAAUCCACGUGGUCUCCACACCCCAGGCAUCCAAGGCCAUCAGCUGCAAAGGUCAACACAGCAUAUCGUACACUUUGUCACGGAACCAGACCGUAGUGGUGGAGUACACACAUGAUAAUGACACGGACAUGUUUCAGGUGGGCAGGUCAACAGAAAGUCCCAUCGACUUCGUGGUCACAGACACGGUUUCCGGCGGUCAGAACGACGAUGCCCAGAUCACACAGAGCACCAUCUCUAGGUUUGCCUGCAGGAUCGUGUGCGACAGGAACGAGCCAUACACAGCACGCAUAUUCGCAGCAGGGUUCGAUUCUUCCAAAAAUAUAUUCCUCGGCGAGAAGGCGGCAAAGUGGAAAAACCCUGGCGGGCACAUGGACGGACUCACCACCAACGGCGUCCUGGUAAUGCACCCAAGAGGAGGCUUCACGGAUGAGUCCCAGCCCGGAGUCUGGAGAGAGAUCUCCGUCUGUGGAGACGUGUACACCUUGAGGGAGACCAGGUCGGCCCAGCAGAGGGGGAAGCUGGUGGAAAGCGAGACCAAUGUCCUGCAAGAUGGCUCCCUCAUUGACCUGUGCGGGGCCACGCUCCUCUGGAGAACCGCCGACGGCCUCUUCCACGCACCGACUCAGAAGCACAUUGAAGCCCUCCGGCAGGAGAUCAACGCAGCCCGACCCCAGUGUCCCGUGGGCCUCAACACCCUGGCCUUCCCCAGCAUCAACCGGAAGGAAGUGGUAGAAGAGAAGCAGCCCUGGGCGUACCUGAGCUGCGGUCACGUGCACGGCUACCACAGCUGGGGCCAUCGGAGCGACGGCGAAGCCAACGAGCGGGAGUGUCCCAUGUGCAGGACUGUGGGCCCCUAUGUCCCCCUCUGGCUGGGCUGUGAGGCAGGGUUUUAUGUCGAUGCAGGACCUCCAACUCACGCUUUCACCCCCUGUGGGCACGUCUGUUCGGAGAAGUCCGCAAAGUACUGGUCCCAGAUUCCACUGCCCCACGGAACCCACGCAUUUCACGCCGCCUGUCCGUUCUGUGCCACGCAGCUGGUUGGUGAACAAAACUGCAUCAAAUUGAUUUUCCAAGGUCCAGUGGACUGACACCCUGGACGACCGUCUACAUGACGAUAACACGUUACUGUGAAGAUUUCGCCACUAACUGUAGAUCCUACCUUUUUGUAAGGCUCUUUGUUGAGGGGACGGCGGACUGAGUUGGGACGACAGAGGUGGGGCAGGCGAUGACAGAUACCACUGUGUUUGGCAUGCCCAGAACAGCAGCCUCACCUGAGGUCUGCCUGACUAAACUUUAAUACCUGUGUAAUGAUUAGAUUUCAACUGCCAUGCUUUUAUUUUUAACUUUAGGUUUUUAACCAGAUUUUUUUCCCCCUUUGUAAACUUGGGUAAGAUUUUACAAAUGUAGAAGAAGGGUACUCUGCAGAUGUCUCUUAGAGCACAGCCUGCAGAGCUGUGUGGCACAGGAGUCACACAUCUGGUGAUGUUCAGUGGUUGGGAAUACUUGACAGUGGCCAGAAUCUGACCCAGUACCAAAGGGCCAGCUCUGUUGGCCCUGCCACAAACACCCGUGGACAGGAGGCGUAGACCAUGCACUUGUCUUGAACUCUGUAGCUUUUCCUCACUUUUUUUUUUUUUUUUUUUUUUUUACUUUGGGUGGAAGAGAGAAUCCAUAUACUGUUUCAUUUUAACUUUAGUGGAAUUCACUUACAUAUUCACUCAUCAGAUAUGUGGCAUGUCAAACAAAGAACCCCCCCCCAUGGUCCUAGCCUGCCCUGUUAUUAAUUUUGCUUAGCGUGACACUUACAUGUCAAGAAGUGAUUGGUUGGUUGGUUAACUGAUUGAUUGAUGAUUGAAUUCAUGAACUGAGGGUGGCAGCAGCGGGCGUGUCCUAGGUACUCUAACAUCAGUUUUAUCUGCACACCAGAAAACUUAAGACCCAAGUGGGAUUUAAAAUACGCUUUUACUUCUAAAACCACUUGCUGGCACGUCCUGUGUUUCCUUUCUCUUCUUCUUAGGAAAGCCCAAGAUUUUUUAAGCCCAGAAGCAACAAGCAACAGCGAGAUUGUCAUUUCUGUCCCCUACCUUCCCACCAUCUGUCACCUUCCCUCACAGCUUAAGGAACCCCAUAAGGUUUUUGGUUUUGUUUUUUGUUUUUUGUUUUUUUUAAUGUUUGCAAAUCAAGCUAAAUCUAAAUGUGAUUGUCAGCUACACGGAGCACUGAGUGGCAUGUGUGUAGAGAUUGGUCGAGAUUCCUGCUUUUGAGAGGGCAAGUGAGUGUUUACUGGGGAAUCAUUAAAUCAGUUUCAUAUGAGCUGCACUGCCCCUCUCUGUUUCAUCUUGCAUUGAUUGAUAAUGCCUGAGUGCUUGUUUUCUAUGCUUGGUGACAGUGGUAUCAGAGGCUCCCAGAAUGUCAGCAUGGAGACACACUGCUGGGCUUAGCUGCAUUCCACCCCAUUCCCAGGGAGAAAGUCUUCGGUUAAAUUAACAUCUGCUCAGAGGGACCGCCAACAGAUCUGAUCUGCCUGUUUUAGCUUUUGUAAAUAUAAAUAAUUUAUAUGAUUAUGACAUAUCCAUACUUGAAUCGGUUUUUCCAUAUCUUGCCUAUUAGCAGAUAUUUCACCUAUUUUCAACCAAUUAAACCUAUUUGAGUAGUUUUUCCUGAAGGCAAAACGGUAAUAUUAAUUCCUCUGUAGUGUUGCUGCUUAGUUCGACUCAAUUUGCUGGAGUUACCUGUCAUUUUAAAAAUAGCUUUAUUUUCCCUUGGAGACUGUUAAGAAUUAUGAGAGAGUUUUUUGUUUUAAUUAUAUUUAUGAUGUGAAAAUCCAACAACAGUCUUUUUACUGGUAGUUCCCUAUGUUCUACAUAGAUAACCUGCAGAAAAAAAUGAAAUAAAGACAGAGAGAGAGAGAGAGAAAGAGAGAGAGAGAGAGAAAGAGAGAGAGAGAGAGAGAAGAGAACUUUCUAGAGAAACCUAGGGUGCCACCUGGUGCAGCCAGCGUUUUUAUCACUGGUUUUCCUCCCCACCCCACCCCACCCCGCCUCUAGUUAUAUGGAAAUUUAUAGUUUGAGGGUUCCUGUCGUAAUCUUGUAAGAUAAAGGGUCUCACACCCAGUAAGGUUAAAUUUUAUAUUUCACCCAUCAAAAAUAAAAAACAAAAACAAAAGAAGAAAAGCACCAAACUUGUUUUUUCAAGGAAGUUCACUCUGAUACCAGACUACUCUGUGUCAAGAACCAUGUCUGGCACAUACCUCGGAAUAAGGCAAGCAUCCCAGCAUCAGAGGUCAUAACAUGGCGAACUCGGUAAUAAACCACAGGCUCUCCGUAGGGGCCACCUUAGCUCUUUGGUUUCCAGGUGAGGUCCCACCCCCGACCCCUGCCAGAGGAAUAGUCAGCCUGCAAAGGCAGCCACGCCACCGCGACUGGGGCAGCUUCUGAUGAGUCGCUUCUCUACUGAGGAAAGGUUUUUAAGUUUGAAAAACGGUUUGUUUGGUUUUUUUUGAGAAUGAAGAACUGAAGUUCACCCACGUAGAAUGAGACCGUGGAGAGAAGGAAGCUUCUCCAAGGUCAGCUCUGGGUGUUCCGGUUGGGCUGCCAUCACUUGAACGAUGAGCCCCACACCUCCUCCCACUUGUAUAUAAGAAAACCACCGACCGCUCAUCCUGGUCUCACCCCGACCAGUCGUCUUUUCAAAUAGGUUUCCAGAAGUCAAGCCCUUGUGACACACCUCCAUAGAUGCUAUUUUUUUUUUCAGUUGUUUGUGUCAUUUUCUUACAAAAGAAAAAUCAGAGUGAAUGGGAUAUAGCUCUGAGUAUUUUUCUAGUGUUUUUUAUUAUUGUUGUUGUUGUUGUUGUUGUUGUUAAUAAACGGUGCUGCCGGGUCAUGCACACCGUGGUUCUCAACAUUUCUCUGAUUUCGUUCAGCUUUUGCAAAAAAUAAAAAAAAGAAAAAGGGCUACACAGUUCACACUGCAGAGUUAAGCAUUAAGCUUUCCAAGUCCUUCCCCCAUCCCCGUCCGUCUGUGGCCCAGAAGAAUUAAAAUCUUGUAAUAUAAAUAGAGCAUAUUUAUAUCAUUCCUCAAUAGUUAAUUAUAGGGUUUGGUACCUUUGUGCCUCAGGGAAGCCACGUGAUUAUAACUGGUUAUAGACUUUCAGGGUUAGGGUGUAGAGAAAGGAGAAAGCCAUUAGAAAACAUUGGAGGCCAUUAUGGAGGCGAGCUAAUCUAGGUGCAGAAGAUGCCAGGACCGGCGUAAGUGCGAUUGUAGUAGAAUUUGUUUCCCAGUGCUAGUAGGGAAAUCGUUUUUAAGUUAUUACGUAUACUGUAUUUGGAGAGUCGAGAACUUUCCAUAAAGCAGCAAGGGCCCCUAUUUUUGCUUACCAGUCUCUGCAAGUAAGAGCUCAGUAUUGAUUUCUGAACCCCUUUAAGAGUUUAGUGUACACAUGCUCUACAUAUGUGCACUAACGGUUGCUCCUUGGUUCCACUCCCUGCUUUUCUUCCCCAGAGGUGUUCUUUCCUUUCGGUGGGCACAGAGGUGGGCAGUCAUGCCACUCUCAGUACUGGCUUCAUGCAGUCUUGCCUCUAACAGUAGAAAUUAAGAGAGACAAGCCCCAGGACCUUGAUUUCACCAGAUGUGAUUCUGUUCCCAGAGCUGUCAAUCUCAUGACCCCAGAGCUCCGCCUUUGGGCUGAGGGUCCAAAGCUCCUGCGGUGGUGAGCAUAGGUCGCUGUGGUGGUGAGCAUAGGUCGAGGCUCCAGCCCUUGCUUCAUAACCCAGGGCCAAUGAGAGAACUUGAGAAUAUUUGUAAAGGAAGCUAAGCAUUCCUGAAGUGGUAAAAAAACACAAGAAUUCUGUCAUUACUUUUUAGUAACACGUCCUCACAAAUGUCCACGUGCCCUCAUGACUCCCUAAUGGGCAGUAGGGAAAACAAACUUAUUUUCCAGGUCUGCUUAACUUUCUAAACAAAAAUAAACAUGCUGAAAAGGAUGUUCUGCCUCUUAAGGUGAUAUCACAGGCCGCUUCUCUGUGUUAAAUAAUCUAGAAGUUAGGGGGCUGGGUCAUAUUUACCAUGUAUAGUGUUACGAGCAGUUAAAUUUUAUGGCUAUAUUUGUAAAAUCUGUUCUUUUAUAUUUCAUGUCAAAUCAAGAAAUUUAUUUCUUCACUGUUGUACCUGUGGAAAUACAAGCCAUUUUACAGGGGAAAAAAAAUCUCCAAAAGCUAUUAAACGAAUCUCACCAUGUUUGUAAGCUGUCUUCAGACUUUUGUUAUCACUGGCUUCACGGGGACAUUCGGCAGGACGUGGAGGCAGACGUAGACUUUAAUUGUACAUUUCUGGAGCUUCCCACCUGAGUCCCAGACAGGAUUGUUGUUUCCUUAUACUCUACGCACUGCAUUCUUACGUCCGUGGUCUGAAAUCUCCCAAAUUUUUUAUUAAAGAAACUUGGAUUUAUUAAGGAAA